CAAGUGCACGUGCCCUAUAGCAAAAACCUCUCAAAAAAAAAAAAAAGAAAAAACCUGCUAUUACCAUAAACUCGGUAAAGUAACUUGAGAUUAGAUGGAGUAUUCCAUCUCAGGGACCAUUGUCAUUCAUGGACGUGUUUGUGGAUUUUACCUGGGAGGAAUGGUGGCUUCUGGACCCAGCUCAGAAGUGUCUAUACAUUAGUGUGACCUUGGAAAACUACAGCAACCUGGUGUCCUUGGGCUAUCAGCACACCAAGCCCUUUAUCAUCUCCAAGUUGGAACAAGGAGAAGUGUGGAUGGUGCAGGCCCAAAUUCCAAGUCAAGGCCGUCCAGACAAAGUCUGGGAAAUUGAUGACCAUAUAAUGUUGCAUCAUGAAAACCAAGGCAAACUGGAAACUGUGGCAAAAAGGUGUGACUGUGUGGGAAACAGAAAACUAUGUGUUCUUGGAACAAAUUGUAUUUCUUCAAAACAAACCCUCAUAAGUGUGGCAUACCUGGAAAGAGUUUGAAAUAUAAUACAGAUUUCAACAGUAAUGGUGCUGGGAAACCAGCAGUUAGUGUAAUGGCUAUGUCGCUGGACUCCCAUGUAGUUGACCGCGGUUCGCA